AUGCCUACCGGCAAUCGUGAUAGAAAUGGUAGUACAAAGUCCGGAUCUGAGAAAACCAUUGAUGAGAGACUAGAGGAAAUAACUGAAAGUCUGUCAAAUGUAGUUACUAAGCAGUAUAUGGAGGAAAGAUACAACAAGCUAAAGGAAGCUAUUAGAGCGGAGAACAAACAACUGGUAGAUGAGCUGAAGGAAGGCACCACCAACAACAAGAUCUACCAGUACCAACAACAACAAGACCUACCAACACCACCAACAACAAGAUCUACCACCACCAACAACAACAAGACCUACCAACAACAACAAGAUCUACCAGUACCAACAACAACAAGAUCUACCAGUACCAAUAACAACAAACAUAGGAGUACCAACAACUUCAAACAUAGCAGUAUCCAAAACAACAAACUUAGCAGUAUCAAAAACAACAAGCAUAGCAGUAUCAACAACAACAAACAUAGCAGUAUCAACAACAACAAACAUAGCAGUAUCAACACCAACAAACAUAGCAGUACCAACAACAACAUACAUAGCAGUAUCAACAACAACAAACAUAGCAGUAUCAACAGCAACAAACAUAGCAGUAUCAGCAACAACAAACAUAACAGUAUCAACACCAACAAACAUAGCAGUACCAACAACAACAUACAUAGCAGUAUCAACAACAACAAACAUAGCAGUACCCACAACAACAAACAUAGCAGUAUCAACAACAACAAACAUAGCAGUAUCAGCAACAACAAACAUAACAGUAUCAACACCAAACAUAGCAGUAUCAACAACAAACAUAGCAGUAUCAACAACAAGAAGACCUACCAGUACCUACAACAUCAAACAUAG